AUGAUCAAUCGCAGACUGAAAUGGUACCUAGAAAAUAUCAACUGGUUCUCUAGCUCGCAGUAUGGCUUCCGACAAUUCAGAUCCACAAGUGAUCAUCUCAACAACCUACAUGCUGACAUAUGCGAAGCCUUCGCUAAUAACCAAUACUGUACCAUUGUAUCCCUAGACCUUGAGAAAGCAUAUGACACGGUAUGGAGACACCGCAUAAUCAAGAUUCUUCUGCAACUGGGGAUCAAAGGCAAUAUCCUCCACUUCAUCAAAAACUUCCUAGAAGACAGGACGAUGCAGGUGAGAAUUGGUAGUGAUCUCUCAGAAAAAAAGAAACUAAAUAACGAAGUUCCUCAAGGGUCAGUUAUAAGUGUCACAUUGUUCUUAGUAGCUAUAAACCACUUGCUCACUGAACUACCAAAGCCGAUAAAAAUCAGAGCAUUCGCUGACGAUAUCACUCUGGUAUGCUCAGGUAACGAAAAAACAACCAUUAAGAUUCUCCAACAAGGGCUAAAUAAACUAACAGAUAUCUGCAACACAACAGGAUUCAAGUUCUCAACCUCCAAAUCAGAAUAUUUAGUCUGCCACAAAAGAAGCAAUGAAAGGGGCGAUACCAAACUCUACCUAGGUAACAAAGAACUCCAUCAAUCCAAAGAAAUUAGAAUACUAGGCUUACACAUCGACUCCAAAUUAUCAUGGAAGGGACACAUUAAAAAAACACUGGUCCAAUGCACACAACGCAUCAACGCGUUGAAAGCUCUAAGCUCAAUAAACUGGAGAGCAUCAAAAGAUAUCCUAAUGAAUACCUACAGAGCAAUUAUCAGAUCUAAGCUAGACUACGGUACUACAAUUUAUGGAUCGGCAAAUAAAAGUGCUUUAAAGUGUCUUGACUCAGUACAAUCCACUGGAGUAAGACUAGCCAUUGGUGCCUUCCGUAGCAGCCCAGUGUCGAGUAUCUUGGUAGAAGGACACGAGCCUCCAAUGGAUUUAAGGAGAGUUGCCCUGGAAUUAAAAUUUACAGCAUCAAGCACGAGCCUCAUCAACAAUCCCAUACAGUCAGGAGCCACCAAAAUGACCAGUACCGAAAAAAAAAUAAGCAUCCAUCCCCAAUUACCUCAACCUCUGGCUUACAGAGUAAAAAAAACGAAGCAAGAUCAACUACUAUAUAACAGAAUCGUAGCACGCCGCCACCAGCACCCCAUCCCGCCCUGGGAAAAACUAUGUGCUAAAGUCGACCUGCACAUAUACGAAGCGGCCUUUGGCAAAGAAAUGACCUCGAAUGCUAUAUAUAAAAGUCUGUUUAAUGAAUUAUCUGAAAAAUACAGAAACUACAAGCACAUGUACACUGAUGGUUCUAUAACAAUGGAAAACAAGGGCUGUGCGGUCAUAUUCGAAGAUAAAGAGUUCCUCUACAAGUUACCAGGUUCAUUCAGCAUCUUCUCUUGUGAAGCCUAUGCCAUCGACAGGGCAAUCGACCUAAGCCAGCAGCUAAACCUACACAGAACAAUAAUAUUUUCAGACUCUAAAUCAACCUUAGAUGCUAUAAAAAACCACAAUAAUCAAAACGUUAUAAUCCAAGAUAUCCAAUUAAAGCUCCAAAAAGCCUCCUGUCAUGGCAAACAAAUAUGCUUAGCAUGGAUUCCGUCACACCAAGGCAUUGCUGGCAACGAAAAAGCAGAUACAGCAGCAAAAAAAGCCGCACAAGCAGGAACAUGCGACAAGAAGGCAUAUGCUUUUUUAUGGGCAUUAAGGUCAAGAAAAAUGGAAGAUUCCUAUCUUCAAAUUUUUCAUGAGCUCAAAAAUAUCGCUCCUCAUUUAAAACCAACUACAAUUUCUACUGAUUUUGAAAUGUCAUUGCGAAAGGCAGCUAAAAGAGCUUUUACAGGAGCACUUAUAAGAAAGGCAAAAAAAUAUCGCAUUCUUAGAAAAGCUGUUGAAUCAUAG